GAGCGGCCGUGCCAGCAACUUGAGGGUUCCAGGUUCGAUCCCCGCUUCCGCCAUCUUAGUCAUGAGGGUUGCAAAAUUCCGGGAAUAUUCAAAGUUGGAAACUUUCCAUGGGAAUUAAUGGGAAAUUAAUGGGAAUAAAAAUUGAACGCAACAUGCUAGAUUUUGCAGCAUGAUUAUUAGCUAUAACAACCUGAUUUAAUGCAAAUUGAGUAGCAUUUCAACCCUUCACUGUGCAUUCCUCCAUCACAUGCACAGAUAAUUUCCAGCAUGCUACACACUACAGCAGGGCUAUUGAGGCCACACUCGUAUUUGAGCCCAAGGACUUCAUCCAGUCAGUUGCCGCGCUGUAUGAACGGAACAGAAUUGGGGAACUUUUGCGGGAUCGCCGUGCAAAGGAGCCUCCAGACGGAAGUCGUAAAAGAAAAAGUGGCAACAAAACAGAAAAACUCCAUCCAUCCAUCCAUUUUCUACCGCUUAUUUCCUUCGGGGUCGCGGGGGGCGCUGGAGCCUAUCUCAGCUACAAUCGGGCGGAAGGCGGGGUACACCCUGGACAAGUCGCCACCUCAUCGCAGGGUCGCUCCAGGCACUCAAUCUGCUCAAAGGAAGUGCCCACUGAAGUCUAGACAUGGAGGUGCCUUACUACCUACCCAAAUUACUUUUUGAGCUCAACGAGCAGCGCAAGCGAGGCUUCUUCUGUGACUGCAGCAUCCUGGUCGAGGGCCGCGUCUUCAAGGCACACCGGAACGUUCUGUUUGCAGGAAGCGGUUAUUUCCGGGCUCUUUUGGUUCACUAUUUACAGGACAGCGGACAGCGCCACAGCACGGCGUCAUUAGACAUCGUCACGGCCGACGCCUUCUCCAUCAUCUUAGACUUCCUCUACUCGGGCCGCCUCAGCCUGAGCAGCAGCAACGUCAUCGAGGUGAUGUCAGCGGCCAGCUACUUGCAGAUGACCGACCUGGUCAACCUCUGCAAAGGCUACAUCCGCUCGUCUUUGGAAAUUUGCAACAAAGGCAAAGAGACCAAAGCGGAGGUGGAGAAUGCGGAAGAGGAAGGAAGGUACAGACUGGCGGACAGCGGCACUCCUGCUGUGACAAACCUCAGCAGCGGCGGGACUGCGAACUCUCGCUCGCAGGGUACGGAAGCACAUGGAGCGUCGAUAAACUCCACUCAAAGACCUUUGUCCACCCACGAGGACACCCCUGCCGGCCCAAGCAAAGACUACCAUUCUAGGGAGGAAAGACCAAAAGCGCACCUGGAUCACGCGAACCACUCCUCCUCUUCAUGUUCUGCUUUGACGCCAGAGUUAGUGCACCCCAAGAUAGAGUACGACCCCGAUGAGGAGCUUUUAGAGUCCCCCGACAGUAAAGACCUGGCUUCAUAUCCUGGACCAUCGCUUCCUCACCAAAGCAAAGAAGUUCCCCCAAGCACCAGCUUCUCCACUGAGCGCUCCUUCACAGGCUCCUCCCUGAGCGGCAGGCAGCCCAUGGAGGUGCAGGUCAAAGGGGAAGGCUCUAAGCUGGAGCGAGGUGGUCCGCGACUUUCCCAAGGAGCACGGGGAGCUUCCAGAAUGGAGGACGGUUUAGGUUUUGUUGGCUCAUCCGUGAUGGAGAUCCAGUCCGAUUGGCUCGGGGAGGACACGGGAGACAACCUGCUGGUGCCGGUCAAACUCCACAAGUGCCCGUUCUGUCCGUACACGGCCAAGCAGAAAGGUAUCAUGAAGAGACACAUUCGCUGCCACACGGGCGAGAGACCCUUCCCUUGUCCCAUGUGUGGCAAGAGGUUCACCAGGCAGGAGCACCUUCGCACCCACGCCGUCAGCGUGCACAGGCACGACCUACCUGUGUCGUGCAAGAGCUGCCGGCGCGUCUUCACCGGCUCCACCGUCUCCCCCGGCCUGAGACGCUACGGCAUCUGCGACAGCUGCAACUGCGUGACCACCACGCACACCGACUCCACGUCGGCCCACGCUGCCGGCCUGGCCGAGCCCAUGGAGCGCGGCGACGGCGGCACCGACUGGUCCAGUUUCAUGGACGACGUGGACGAGGUAGAGGUGGGCCGGGUGGAGGACUUGGUGGAGAAACAGAUGCUGGAAAAGCACCUUGGUGCCUGCAACAACGUAGGUCACAUACUGAAGUCCGAAGGGAACUUUUAUGAUUAAUGGUUGAACUUCAUUCAUUCUUAUAUUUACAUAUAUAUAUAAACAUACAGCUUUGUGUCUCUUUGACAUAAUAUCCAUUUUUGAGCGGUGCAGAGUGUGGGUACCUCUGCCUCAGUCAAGAGAUUCCAUCGGAAAAUUUGUGUGUGGAGUUUGCAUGUUCUCCCUCUGAAAAAACAUGCCAAUUAGAGACUCCUAAUUGUCCAUAGUCUGAACGUGACGUGUUCAGUACAAGUCUGUGACCUUCAUUUUCUAUUUCAUUUACAUAAUAUAACUAAGUCCCUCACUGGCAAACCUUGUAUUAACUAUAAUGGGUGACAUGCUCUCGUGACACAAGCGUCGUGGGUUCGAUUCCCGUCUAGUCCAUGGAUUAUUUAUUUGAUUUUUAAAUUGAUUUAAUAGUGAUACGUGAUGAAAAUAAAUAAAUAAAUCAUUAUUUUUACCCGU